AUGGCCGACGAUAUCGGAUACGAACUGGAGCCCGUCUUGGCCGAUCCCAUCGCCUCGGAUGCUAUCGACGACACCUUCCGAUCCGGCUCUAUCGACUUGAUUUCCGCGGCGUUGGGGGGCAAGGUACUGGGCUUCUCGGACCAAUGGUUCGCCGAUGCCACCAAUUUGCUCACCCCCACACCUCCCAUACGGCAGCCCGGCAAGAUGGUCUACACCGGUGCUUGGUACGACGGCUGGGAGACAAGGCGGCACAACCCAGAGCCUUUCGACUGGGUUGUUAUACGGCUCGGCGUUUCGUCGGGGACGGUGGAGGGAGUCGAAAUCGACACCGCAUUCUUCUCGGGCAACCACGCUCCGCUUAUCUCGGUCGAGGGCUGCUUCUCCUCGGACGACAGCGACGUUCUCUCUUGGAAGGGGGGUAAGGGGGGCUGGGAGACCAUCUUAGGUCCGAAAGAAUGCGGUCCUUCAAAAAGAUUUGGUUGGAAACUGGCCCACCCUACCACGAAGCAGUACACACAUGUGAGGCUGAACAUGUACCCGGACGGGGGCAUUGCGAGAUUCCGAUUGUUCGGACACGCCGUCCCUGUCUUUCCGGAGGAUACCGAAGCGAUUUUCGACCUCGCUGCCGCCCAGAAUGGCGGCGUGGCCGUGUCGUGCAGCGACCAGCACUUCGGCACCAAGGACAAUCUCAUCCUACCCGGCAGAGGGAAAGACAUGGGCGACGGUUGGGAGACGGCGCGGUCCAGGAGCAAGGGACACGUCGACUGGGCCAUCAUCCGCUUGGGCUCGCCGGCGCUCGUCCAAAGCUUCGUCGUCGACACGGCCUUUUUCAGAGGAAACUUCCCUCAGAAAGCGAGGCUCGAUGCCAUAGAUUGGCACGCCGGCGGGGAUCCGGGAGCGGAUGCAGAAGGUUGGGUCGAGGUCGUCGAGCCUAGUAAAUGUGGUCCUGACCAGGAACACACGUUCGACUCCGCGGUAAAGGACAAGCCGUUCACCCACGUAAAACUGACCAUCAUCCCCGACGGAGGCGUGAAACGGCUACGCCCGCCCCAGGGGCAGAAACCAAGACCUCUCCCACCCGACCUCCCCAAGUCCCUAGACGACCGCAGGGUCGUGUCGGCAGAGCUAGUCCCCGAGACGGAGAUGUACGAUGGCUGGCAAGGUCAAUCGCAGUUCCUGACCACCCCGAUGCUCGCGAAGCCCCUCCAGUUCAGCAACCUAACGCUGAACGACCCCGACUACGACGACGAAGACCUCACAAAGGGCGUCCCCGACAGCGACACGCGGCUAAUGCAGAUGCUCGCUGCGCAAGCACAACAUCAAGGGGGGGGGUCCUUGGAUGACGUAGACGCCAUCGCGGCAGAUGACCUGCUGUCGGACAGAGAGAGAGGGACCAUGCUGCAGAAGGCUUUAAUCAUGUCCGCUAGCAACGGUGAUGUAGACCAUGUCAAGAAGAUACUCGACGGCAAGGCCCGGCCCUUUGUGGAUAUAAAUGCUCCCGACGAAGAUGGGACGCCGGCAUUGGUCUAUGCAAGCUGCUUUGGCCACGAACCGGUGGUACAAGCCCUCGUCGAUGCCGGCGUUGAUGUGGACAAGCAAGACCGGAACAAUUGGAGCCCUUUGAUGUGGGCAAUGACGAAUCGACAUAAGGGAAUCGCAAAGAUCUUGUUGGACAACGGGGCAUCCCCAGAGGCGAGGACGUCGUCGGGAAGGACCGCCUUCGACUUCGUCCCACCCGAUAGCGAUAUGUCAUUCUACCUACAUGACAACGGCUACAGUAUCGGCAAUGCCGGGGUGACAGACGAUUUCUAUAAUCCCGGCUUCUCCCAGGAUCGGUUCGAAGAAGAGAUGGCUGAGAAUGAGAUACGGCGGCGGAUGAUGAUGGACAGCGCCCGAGAUCUCGAGGUUGACUUGGGCAACAUGGGGAUCAACGACCAGCCUGAGCCUAUGGACGAAUUCGAGGAUUUGCAGGAAUUCGAUUGGGGCCGAUGUUUGCACGACCAGAUGUUCGUGUUUCAGGAGAGCGACCUGGAUAGAAUUCUCGAUAUCGUCGUCACCAACAUGCAGCCUCAGCGAUCGCCAUCUCAGAAGCCUGUCCCUGCGAACAUGAUCUUUCUCAGUGCGCGAUACGCCCACUACCAUUCCAGCCACGAUUUGCUGGAAAAAUUGCUAGUGACCGCUCAGGACAAAAUCAACGACGUUGUCGAAGCUCACCAGUGGGAUAUGACGAUCCUGGCAUUCUGGAUGUCGAAUGCGACCCUAUUGCUACACUAUCUCAAGAAGGAUGCCGGCUUGGUCGAGGCGACAACCGAGUUCCAAGCACAGCUUUCAGAGCUCAUCAACGAGAUCUUCAUUUUAAUUGUCCGAGACGCAGAAAGACGGCUAGACAAGGUACUAGAUUCUGCGAUGCUCGACCACGAGACCAUCCCCGGACUCAGCGACGUCACCUUUCAGCACGAGUGGAAGAUCUUUAAGAGGAAGAAGGAGGUGAAGGAGGAGCCCCUCGAGAAGCGGUUUCGACCCCCUUCUCCGAAGCAGCGGGCUAAGCCGGCUCCCCGCAACGUGACAUCCCUCCUAUCAUCCACUUUAUUCGUUCUCGACCUGUAUGACAUCCACUCGGUCAUCACAUCGCAGAUAAUAUCGCAGCUCAUGUAUUGGUUGGGCGCUGAACUUUUCAACCGAAUCAUGAAUAAUCGAAAGUAUCUCGCCAGGACCAAGGCGAUGCAGAUCAGGAUGAACGUUUCAGUCCUCGAAGACUGGGCUAGAGCCAACAAUCGCCAGCCUGAGCAUUACGAACACGGGGAGACGAGCUCGUCUGGCGAAACGACGAUGGAGGCGGCGCGGCGCCACCUAGCCCCGGUUGUUCAGCUCCUUCAGUGGCUCCAGUGUUUCUCGUCGCUAGACCCAGAUGACCUAGAGGCUUUGAUCGGAACUCUCCAACAGCUUAAGCGGUUAAAUGCGCUGCAGUUGAUUUACGCUGCCAAAAAUUAUCGGCCGGAGGUUGGCGAGAAGAGCCUACCUAAAAGCGCCAUGAAGUAUCUCGAUGCCAUCCAGAAAGAGGCCGCCCUGCGAAGGGAUCGCAGAAGAACAAUGUCCCCCUCGGUGCCAGGUAGCACGCCAUCCACGCCCAUCCGGAGUACCCACGACGGAUAUAACGCGGAGACGCCCGGCAGCGUGCGAGGCACGCCAAAUGCGGACCUAGAUGACGAUGACGAUGAUGUGCCAGACGGGAUCAAUCUCGACCCCUCGAUGAUGCUGCCGUUUACCCUCCCUUCCGUCACAGACAUGCUCGUGUCAUACGGCGCCGGAUUCGGAGGGAUGAAUCGGGAGCGAGAGAGGAAGUACAUACCAUCAAUCCCGCCAGAGUUUCUCGACAAGCUGGAGGUAAGCGGCAACUCAACCCGGCCGAUGUUUGGCGAGAAGGACUGGGAAAACGAGGAAGUGUGA